AUGAAGUCGACAGCGCUCCGCCUGUUGUUGUUUGCUGUCCUAUUUGUAUUGGCGACAGCGUGGACCAAAGAAGAUUAUGAGAUUUUCCGCCUCCGCGAUGAGGUUGCUGCCGGGGAGGGUUCUAAUGUGACUUUCUACGAUUUCCUCGAGGUCCAGCCCAAUGCCAACCAGGAUGAACUGAACAAGGCCUAUCGCAAGAAAUCGAGACUUCUCCAUCCCGACAAAAUCAGACGCUCCUUCAUUGCCAACAGCUCCAAGGAUAAGGCCCGGUCGAGGACGAGCAAGCAGGGGGUUCAUGUCAACAAGGGUCCCUCCGAGCGCGAGAUCGCGGCUGCCGUCAAGCAGGCCCACGAACGAGCCUCCCGCCUGAACACCGUCGCGAACAUUCUUCGUGGUCCGUCGCGCGAGCGAUACGAUCAUUUCCUGCGGAAUGGGUUCCCCAAGUGGAAAGGCACGGGAUACUACUACUCGCGAUUCCGCCCGGGUCUGGGCUCCGUGAUGGUCGGCCUGUUCUUAGUCUUCGGGGGUGGCGCUCACUACGCCGCCCUGAUCCUGGGCUGGAAGCGUCAGCGGGAGUUCGUCGAUCGGUAUAUCCGUCAAGCCAGAAGAGCUGCCUGGGGUGAUGAGCUCGGCGUUCGCGGCAUUCCCGGUGUGGACGCAAAUGCCGCUGCUCCGGCUCCCGCUGCGGAAGCUAACGAGACGAGCGCCAUCCCUAUGAAUCGCCGUCAGAAACGCAUGAUGGACAAGGAAAACCGGAAAGAUUCCAAGAAGAGUGCUCGAUCCGUCUCGCGCGCCGCCUCCGGUACCUCCACCCCAACGACCGAGUCCGUGGAGCCCUCCGGGGAGAGGAAGCGCGUCGUUGCCGAAAAUGGCAAGGUCCUCAUCGUUGACUCAAUUGGCAACGUCUUCUUGGAAGAUGAGACCGAGGACGGUGAGCGCCAGGAAUUCCUGCUCGACAUUGACGAAAUCCAGCGCCCCAGGGUGCGCGAUACUAUGCUGUUCCAGAUUCCCGUUUGGUUUUACCGCAAAAGCUUUGGCAAGUUGCUUGGGUCCUCGGAGAACAGUGACAACGUUUCUGAUGAAGACGAAUCGGCCGAAGGAGAGGAGCCGGUUGAGGAGCCUGCCAGUUCCGCAGUUGCCUCUAAAAAGAGCGGGGCUUCUCGCAAGAGAGGAAAGCGCUCUGCACGAUCCUAA